AUGGCAACUGACGAGGUCGACCACCUGAUCGGCCAGCAUGUGGACACAUUGUCAAAGUUGGCUUUCGUCUUAGUCCCCCCAGGUCGGGUGCCAGAGGAGGAUGCUGUGGUUGGCCUCCUGCCUGCAGGAGCUACUCAAGGGGCCGUCGCAGGCCUCAAACGUUUGCUCUUCGAGGCUCAUACGUUGGUGGUGUCAGCGCUAAAGCAGCGAGUUGAAAAGACGGACGAUGUUGUCCCAGCCUCUCUGGACAGUGCGGAGAGGGAUGAUCGCUUGGCUAGCCAAAAGGCGCGACUUGGAGGCCUCACCUUUCAAGGUGAGGAAGAAGUGGCUCAUGGAGCCUAUGAUCUUGUCUUUGCCAUGGCUCAGAAAAAUGAGCUUGUGUGGCUUGCGCCUGAGAAGUUUGGUACUCGAAGGGCCGAAAUUGGGGCUAAGAAGGCAGGCAAGGAGCUCGUGAUUGACGGCGGCGGUGUGGCUAUCAAAGACAAGCCGUCAGUUCACAACUGCAUAAUUCAUUCUGAGCUCGAUUUGGUGUCUGCUCUUCGCCGAAGGGCCCUUGCCUUCGACUUGGUAGGGAUCCUCAGCUACGACGUGGCAAACCGUUACCAUCAGGCUUUGAUUCAGCGCCUGCAAGAAGCCCCGCCGCCGGGGUAUUCCAAGGUGUCCACUGCUCAGGUGCUCCGUGCUGACCGAGCUGCGUUUCUCAAGAUCGCGGAGAACAUCACGUCCCUACGUCGGAGUGGGACCGGGGUGUUGCCAUUGGAUGCACAGCUGCCAACCAUUUUGCUUGAUCCGAGUGUUACUUAUCACCUUCUUCCUUUGCCGGCAG